UGGAUCAAUUGUCAUUGGGCUGGAUAGUGCUUUAAAAAAGACAAAAUUAUGAUUUAUAUUUUUAAAAAUUUUGACUGGGUCAAGCUCUUACACGCUCUAGUAGCAUCUCUGAAAAUUAAUAUUUCUAGAGAGCGGUAACACCCCAAGAAAUGGAUAAAAAUCGUAUAUUUAAAGAUAAUAACACUUUCACUCAAUAUUACUCAACCAAAUCAAAUACUACAUUAAAUAUCCAUCCAAUUGACAGCUUUUAUCAUGCAUUUUUUAGUUCUUUGUCUAUUACAAUUGUAUCAGAAUUGGGUGACAAGACCUUUUUUAUUGCGGCUAUUAUGGCUAUGAGGCACUCUAGAUUAAUUGUGUUUUCAGGAGCUAUAUCAGCAUUGAUAGUUAUGACAAUUUUAUCUGCUUGUAUGGGAAUGCUAGCUACCAAUAUCCCAAGAUAUAUAGUUGUAUAUUCAUCUACUUUCUUAUUUUUUCUUUUUGGUGGAAAAAUGUUUUAUGAAGGGUAUUAUAUGUCUCCCAACGAAGGCCAAGAAGAGUACAAAGAAAUUCAAGAGGACAUUUUGCGCAAAGAGCAACAAUUUUCCUCGUUCAACGAACUCGAGUCAAUGGAGGAAGGGAAUAUAAUUCACAACACCAGAUCCUUCUACAAGCGUCUUAUCUCGAGCACGUGCUCUAAAUAUUUUAAAAAUGAUAAUUUAAUGCGACUUUUAUGUACGGUCGGGAUUCAGGCGUUUACCCUAACUUUUUUGGCGGAAUGGGGCGAUCGUUCCCAAAUCGCUACUAUAGUAUUAUCGGCCAAAGAGGAUAUAAAAGGUGUCAGUAUCGGAGCCAUAAUUGGUCAUUCAUUAUGUACCCUAUUGGCUGUUAUGUCGGGGAGAUUUAUAUCGACUAAAUUAUCCGUCAGAUUAGUGACCAUAAUUGGGGCUUGCGUUUUUAUUUUAUUCGGAAUUUCUACGCUUCUUUUUGACGCUCGACUCGAUUUGCGGAAUAAUUCGGAUUCGAAAUAAUAAUAAUGAAAAAUAUAUGAAUCAAAUAUACUUACUGCUCACAAAUUGUUAAUAUUCUAUUUUGUUAUAUAUUUAAAUUAAAUUAUCAAUUGUGAUUAUAAUCCAUAAAUUUGUUUUAAA